CGUCUGAUAAUGAUAAAAACAUUGAACAACGAUGAGCCCACGACCAACUUCUACCCGCCACUUUCUCAUUUGAGAGACGUGGACGACUAUUGGACAUCCAAAAUCGAAAUGACUAUGAUUUCUUGACCACUAGCACCCAAAUUGCCUAAAUCGACUUAAUUUUACUCUCCGAGGGAUAUGGCGGCCUCAAUACAAUUGUCCCGUUACAUGUCACAUGACCACUCAAAGUUGCAUAAAUUGGCAGUGUACAAUGCACGAAAGUGCCAAAAAAGUGUCUAUUGAUGUUCUAUGAAGAAAGCAAAAAUGCUGUUGUCUUUGAAAACAAGUUUGUUGGGGUGUAGAAAACUCCACCUCUCCCUCUUGCGCCAUCCGUCCAUAUUUUCAGAAGUUUCAGUUUAUCGUAUACUUCGAAAUACCAUGUACUCUGUAUCUGACCAGAGCAAGAAUGGUGGCUCUCAGAGCAUUAUUAUAGACCUGCGAAGUGAUACGGUCACUAAGCCAUCCUUAGAAAUGAGGAAAGCAAUGUUUGAGGCAGAGGUUGGAGACGAUUAUCUCCGUGAAGAUCCAACUAUUGAAACCCUUCAAAAAAAGAUCGCAGAAAUUUUUGGGAAGGAGGCGGCUUUGUUUACCCCAAGCGGGACAAUGAGCAAUUUAAUUGCUGUGAUGGCUCAUUGUAAUGCUCGAGGAGACAAAGUACUCAUUGGUGAUAAGAGCCACAUACUACAACAUGAGGAUGGAGGAGUCUCAGAGGUGGGGGGUGUGAUGAUAAACACAAUACCAAACAAUCCUGAUGGUACAUUUGAUCUCAAAUUAAUGGAAAGAUCUUGGGGUGGUGUAUCUUUAGUUUGUAUAGAGAACACAUUUGGUCAUGGUGGAAGUGUUCUACCAAUCCAAUUUCUUGAUGAGAUUGCGUCUAUCUUGUCAAAGAAAAAGAUUCCUCUCCACCUUGAUGGUGCACGGAUUUUCAAUGCUGCUGUCUACCUUGAUGUACCAGCAUCUCGCCUGGUGAAGGAUUGUGAUUCUGUGUCCGUCUGUCUCAGCAAGGGACUAGGUGCACCAGUUGGUUCAUUGCUUGUAGGUACUCAAAAUUUCAUUAAUAGAGCCCGUAGGCUUCGACAUCUUUUAGGGGGAGCCAUGAGACAAGUUGGUGUUCUUGGUGCUCCAGGCCUUGUUGCAUUAGAGAGUGGAGUACAAAGACUUGCUGAGGAUCAUCAAAGAAUGUACAGAAUUGCAGAAGCUGUGGCUGCCAUGAAGAGUGAUUGCCUCUACCUGCAUUUGGAUUUGAACUUGGUUCACACAAAUAUACUCAUUAUUAAAGUGAACCCUAAAUGUUGUUCUGCAGAGGAGCUAGUGAACAGAUUAGACAUGGUCACCAAAAAAGAGGAGGCUGCGAUUGGAAAGGAAAUAAGAAUUAAGUGCUAUGAGAUUGAUUACCAGGCAAUAAGAUUUGUCACUUACAACGCUAUCACAGACUCUGACAUAGAUCUUGCUAUCCAAAAACUAGCAUAUGUCAACGAAGAACUGCAAGAAAAAUUAUCUAAAACUACCCAGUAGAGCUCAAAUUAAGUUUUUUCAGGAGAAAUGACUAAUAUUAUUGACAAUUCAGUCUUUAAGAAAUGUAUUUCAAAAUGUAUGAAAACCUGGACAAUAUCUAGUUUGGUUUCACAGAGGGGGAGAGAGUGAUGUGCGGUUGACAAAUUUACAAGCCAAGCUUCGCUACACUAUCGAGUUUUGUAAAUACUUAAAGAGCAUCUGGACUAGAUGGAAUAGAAAUAAAGACUUAGAUCAGACAGAUGGUUCAAGUUGUACAAGACAAUGUAAGCUAACAUUCUUCUCUGAAUAAAAGUAAAUAAUAUGCA